AUGGAUCCGUUUUUGACUCUGCUGCACUCUUUCUCCUCGAGUUUGUCGGACACAGAGCUUUCUUCCCUGAAGUUUCUCUGCCGGGGGAAAAUUGGGAAAAGGAAGCUCGAGUCUGUCCAAAACGGCGGGGAGCUCUUCAUCAUCCUUUUCGAGCAGCAGCUGAUUGCAAGCGACAAGGUGUCGUUUCUUGAAGGCUUGCUUGAGAGCAUUAAAAGAGAAGAUUUGGUCUCACAGCUAAAGCAGUUCGUAGAGGAACGAGAAGCUAAUGCUCCUGAUGAUCAACUAGAUGUGCAUGAAAAACGUCUGCAGGAGGCAGCUUUUGAAGUCAUAUGUGAAAACGUCGGGAGAGACUGGAAAAUGCUGAUGCGAAAACUUGGCAUUUCUGAAGUGAAAAUGGACAGAAUAGUGGCAGCCAAUCCAUUUAAUUUGAGAGAACAGUUGGUUCAGUCACUUCGAGAGUGGCAGAAAUGGAAGGGAAAAGAUGCAAAGGUGACUGACUUAAUAAAAGCUCUUCGGGGCUGUAAUUUGAAUUUGGUGGCAGACAGAGUUGAACAGAAGCUCUUGCUGCUGAACACUGGAACCAGGUGA